AUUCAAAAUUGAUAGAUAAGAUUACUGAACUUGAAAAAGAAAACAUCAAAAUUAAAGGGGGGAAUGUGAAGUUAAAACAGAACAUAGAUGAACUUAAAAAAGAACUAGAAUUUAAGAAAAAUCAAAAAUUUCAGGAAAAAUGUAUUCUAAUAGCCCAGAUACUUUUUAAUAAGGAGCCCAUAGUUGAAUAUUAUCCAUCAUUUAUGGAAGAAUUAGAACUUGAUGCUUUCUUCCAACAUCAUCGAAUCGCAUUAGAGGUGCAAGGGGCCCAACAUUGA